CACUGAGCUCCCAAGAGGGGGGGGGUCCUGAGGCCAGGGCCCGCCUCUGUGUACCCCGCAGCUCUGCCAGCGAGCGCGUCGGCCCCGGCGAAGCCCCGGCAGCACCCGGAGAGGCCGUCCCGCCCCGCGAGGGAAACAGAGCCAUUGACCAUGGUUGCAACUGGCAGUUUGAGCAGUAAGAACCCGGCCAGCAUUUCAGAGUUGCUGGACCGUGGCUUCCACUCGGGGAGCCUGCUAAAUGAUUUUGACUACUGGGAUUAUGUUGUUCCUGAACCCAACCUCAAUGAGGUGAUAUUUGAGGAGACAACUUGCCAGAAUUUGGUUAAAAUGCUGGAGAACUGUCUGUCCAAAUCAAAGCAGACCAAACUCGGUUGCUCAAAAGUCCUUGUCCCCGAGAACCUGACGCAGAGAAUCGCUCAGGACGUCCUGCGGCUGUCCUCCACCGAGCCCUGCGGCCUGCGUGGCUGUGUGAUGCAUGUGAACUUGGAGAUUGAAAAUGUGUGUAGAAAGCUGGACAGGAUUGUGUGUGAUUCUAGUGUGGUGCCCACUUUUGAGCUGACAUUGGUGUUCAAGCAGGAGAGCUGCUCGUGGACGAGCUUCAGGGACUUUUUCUUUAGUCGAGGCCGCUUCUCCUCUGGCCUCAGGCGAACUCUGAUCCUGAGCUCAGGAUUUCGACUUGUUAAGAAAAAGCUUUACUCCUUGAUUGGAACAACCAUCAUUGAAGAGUGCUGAAAGGGAAGCAUUUAGAAGGUCCUUUUUAUGAUUGGACAGUAAAACUGCCCAGCUGCUCAGUUAGUGUUGCAGUUCGCCUGCCUGCUCUCCACAAGAAACCCCAAAUUGAGUUCAUCUUCCUUCUGUGUUUCAUCGUCACAGCAAACCCAACAAAGGGCUUAUUUUGUGGCUUUUGAGAAAUGACCCAAGAGAGUGUACAUUGUUUGCAUAUAUCACAUUUUUUACAAAAUGGAAUGGAAUGGAAUAAGGGAGGGAAAGAAGCAAUCCCCUUUAGUUUUGUAUUUGACUCCACCGAGUUUUCCAGGUCGUCUUGCUAAUAGACUCUAUAGACCAGCUUCACCUAGUUUGACUUUCAUAUGACUUUUUUUCUGUAAGUUUUCAGAGUGAUCCUUUCAAUCACAGAAUCUUACUGAAAGAUGCUUAGCCCAUCAAGACUUCCAGAAGCCCACACCUCCGAUUUCAUGCCCCUACUCAAGUGAGUGAGCUUCUUUGAAACUUAAGCCCACACCAGAGUGACCGAGUGUCACAGCGGGAGCAGAACCGCGGCACGCGUCUCUCUGGCCCUCUGCACGCCGUUGUUUUACGGAGGUAGCGGAAGCCGGAGCUGCCGUUUUCUGUGACCACAGUGUGUUUUCAAUGACCUUAUGGUGCAAUAUCAGCUCACUUCUGGUUCUCCUGUACUGAAUGUCAUCUUGAAUUGAAAAAAUGGAAAAUGCUGGGCUGAUUUUCUGCAUGUGGUUGGUUACUCUUCCACUGAGUGAACGGGGAGUGAGUUCUCAGACGAGCUUCUUUUCACUACAACGUGUGCUUGCUCUCAGAGAGCCAUCCCACCAUGGCAGUGUCACCUCACCCUGGCCCCUCCUGGGAACCAACUUGUCUCUUUUUAACUCGAAUCUUCAAGGAGACAGCUGCACACUACCACUUUUAAUGAUUACAAUGGGCCUAUUUACAAAAUGUGCUUUGGCUUUGGGUAUCUGGUGUAUAGUACAGACCAGAGAAUGGAAGUCCCGAUGUGGAUAACCAGUGCACACACCCACCUUGCUUCAGCCCUGGAUACCUGUCCCUAGGGAACAAUAAAGGUCUUACUUUUCUCUUGUUCCAACUAGCUAGAUCAGAUCAUUAUCCUUGUUUUAUUAUGUUAUUGAGAGAAUGUAGCCUCCACACUGCAGUGUUCAAUUCAGCAAAGCCUUCAGGUCAUGGGUAGGGAUCUCCUGCUCAAGCUGUUAGCACCACUUUACUUACCUGAGGCCAGGGUUGUAGGGACAGGUGGCUGCCUCCUGAUGUAACUCGAAAGCAGGUGUGAUCCUAUUACUGAUCCCAUAAAUGACCAAAUUUUUCACUAUUCAAAUCAGCAAGUGUUCUAACAAACUGAACUUUUCAAAUCUUGGAAAGAUUCCAUGAAGCAGAUCUCUACAGGACGGGGCCAGGAUCAGUCAGCUUUGUUUUGUGUGUCUGCCAUAGUUUAGGGCUCGAAGAUCACUGUGAUGCUGUGCACGAGGCUUCUCCCGCAGAUGUAGACCUUCUCCUGCAGAUGUAGACCUGUUGUCCUUGUCCCACAAACAGCUGUCUUUGACUCUUGUCUGUGAUACUCACAAAAUGGUGAUGGCUGAUGGACACUCUUAAAUUAAUAUUCCUGUUAAAGGAAAUUAAAGUUUGUCUAUUUUUGACAAUAAAGCAUCGUACUUUUUAAUU